AUGCCUCCAAAAGCUCCCCCUCCAAAAAAAUUGACCAAAAAGGAAUUAAAAGAAAAGGCUGAAUAAGAAAAGAAGGAAAGAGAGGAAUAAGAGAGAAUUCGAAAAGAAGCUGAAGAAAAAUAAAGAUAAGAGGAAGAACGGUUACGCAAAUUAGAAGAAGAGAGAUUGGCUGCAGAAGAAAAAGCAAGACUUCAAGAGGAGGAGAUAGAGAAUGAAGUAUAAAGGAGUGUUUUCAAAGAAAAUCUGGAUAAUGCAAAGAAAGUAGCUAGAGCGAAUGAUGACUGGGAUAAGUUUUUGUUAUGUUCAAUUAAACCUGAUAUAACAUAAGAAGCUUAAUUAACAACCUUUAUAACUUUGCAAAAGGAACAAAAGAUAAUAACUGAGCUAAAGGUGGCUGAAGAAAUCCAAAAAUUAUAAUAAGCAGAAAAUAUUGAAAGAGAUAUUCACAGAUUUUUGACUCAUUUAAAGGCUGAAAGAAAACUCCAAUAAAACCAACAAUAAUUACAGCAGUAACAAUAGCAAUAAGUCUUUUAAAAUGACACUGUAGCCAGAAAUAAAAUGUACAUAGCUUAGAUUAGAGAUAUAAUGGUCAAAAAACUAGAAGAGAUAAAUACUUAAAUGGUACUUAAUGCUGAACUAUUUAUUGAUGAAAAAUUUGCUGAAUUAACUAAAAAGGCAAACGAAGGAGCAAAGGGCACAUUCAAGUUAGAUGAUAAAACUAAACAAGAGGUUAUCAAGACUUUUCCUCCAACUGAAGACUUUAAAUAUGGUAUAUUCAUCUAUCCAUCAAACAAACCAUCCGGUUAUAGACAUAAACCAAAUGAAUAUCCAGAAUUACAAUUAGCAGUUGAUGUCCCAAGAUCAAUCUCGGUGUUCCUUCAAAAAAUAUUAUGGACGUCAUUUGAUAAUUACUCACCUGAUCUUUAUAGCAAGUUUAGGAUUGUUGGAGGAGUUUUGGAUAUCGAGUAUUUACAAAUGCUCCCUCCGCCAAAGAAAGUCAACACUUGGACUUUGAAAUAGAACUAUGAAUUGAAAGAGACUGUUAAAAGAUUAGCAUUUGAAUUAAAUGCAGUAUUUAAGGUAUCAUAUUAACUUCCAUCAUAUAUUUGGAUUCCAAACAAGGAAACCUAAAAAGUAUGGAGAGUUGCAUUUUUUGAUCGUGUUAGUGAGUAAUGGAUUACAGAUGGAGUUGAAGAUGCUAAAUUGGAUAAAGGGAUUAAUAUUGUUGCAAGUAUUCCAAAAUUAGGUCCAAUUGGAUUGUUAUAAGAAAGAUGUUUGGAUUACCCAUAUAAGAAUUUUAAAUUGAGAUGUGUUGGAAAUGAAAAAGCAAUUUUAGACAUAUAAGGAGUUAGGGAUUUAUUUAAAUUUGAGAUUGGGCCAGGAUAUAUUCAAUUAUUGAAGAAAGACCCAGAAUUCUAACACUUUGCCUACAAAAAGCUAUUGGUUGGAGCAUUAUUUUAUGAAUUAUACAGAAGUGGUGUUAAUUUUAUUCCUGUUAUUGAGGAUGCUUAAUCAGCCAAUAUUAUUUAAAAGGAUGAGGGUGCAGAAGAGUUGGCCUUAAAUGAUUUAUCAGAAGCAGUUAGAGGAUUUUACAUUGAAUCAAGCAGAUGGAAUAAUAGUGAUACUGGUCCAUAAAUUGUAGUCAAGCUUAAGGAAAAUCCUGAAUUUGAUGAGGAAUUUGCAGAAAAUUAAGAAAAAGAUUGGAAGACAAUAAAGUGGUGGAAUAAUAAAUGUGCCAUAAUUCAAGCCAAAGAUUCGCAUUAAAAAUGCAAUCAAGCUUUCUUGCCGGACACUGAAACUCAUUGCAACUUAGAAGUGUUAUUGAAAAUGCAUUCAUUAACUACUUAAGAGACUUUAGCAAAAAUGAAAGACUUGCAUUAUGUCAUUUUUAUCGAAACAAUUUAAUAGGUACUGAGAAUAACGAAAUUAUUAUCAUUCACAGUAAGAGAUUGAAUUCUUAUGUCUAUAUUAUAAUUAAUAUUUUGGA